AAGCAUCUAUUCUCAUUCUCUCUCUCUCUCUCUCUCUCUCUCUGUCUCUCUCUCUAUAUAUAUUACACCUGCUGCUAUCCUACGCAGUACGCACUCUCCUCUGCAACUCCUUCUCCUUCUCCUUCUCCUCUGCAACUCCCCUAAAACCCUAACCCUAACUCUCUCCCCUCUCCAAUGGCGCCCAUCGACCCACACUCAUUCACCGACUCAUCACACCCACUGGCCACCCACAUCUCCCUCUCUCUCUUCUUCGACUUCUCAUCUUCCACCAUCCAUUCCUCCGCUCUCCUCUCUCUCCCCACCCCCCACUCCGGCCCCAUCUCUCUCGACACCCGCUCUCUCUCCAUCACCUCCGUCUUCGACCCCCUCACCAAAACCCCUCUCCCCUUCUCUCUCUCCUCUCCCUCAGACCCCAUCAAAGGCCAAUCCCUCACAAUUUCUCUCUCUAACCACUCCAAAUUCGCCAUCAUCUUCACCACCUCUCCCUCCAGCUCCGCCCUCCAAUGGCUCUCUCCGCCGCAGACCUUCAAUAAAUCGCUUCCCUUCGUGUACACUCAAUGCCAAUCGAUUCACGCUCGAUCUGUGUUCCCUUGUCAAGACACCCCAGCCGCGAGGAUCUGCUAUUCGGCUCGGCUGAACCUCCCGCGCCAGCUCUUUUCCGUGAUGUCGGCGCGCCAUGUUGAGCGAAGGGCGCCGGGGGCCGGAGAGGCGGCGAUGGCGUGUGAUGAUUCGAUGUGGUGUGCGGAAGGGAGGAUGGUGGAGGAGUUUGUGAUGGAGCAGCCGAUUCCGCCGUAUCUGUUUGCUUUUGCGGUGGGGGAGAUAGGGUUCCGGGAGGUGGGCCCGAGGACUAGGGUUUAUGCGGAGGCGGUGCCGGCGGUGUUAGAUGCUGCGGCGAGGGAGUUUUCGGGGACGGAGGAUAUGAUUAGGGUUGGGGAGGGGUUGUUUGGGCCGUAUGAGUGGGAGAGAUUCGAUUUGCUGGUGUUGCCGCCGAGCUUUCCUUAUGGUGGGAUGGAGAAUCCGAGGAUGGUGUUCUUGACUCCGACGGUGAUUAAGGGGGAUGCUAGUGGAGCUCAAGUGGUGGCUCAUGAGCUUGCUCAUAGCUGGACUGGGAAUUUGAUUACUAACAAGACCAAUGAUCACUUUUGGUUGAAUGAGGGUUUUACGACUUAUGCGGAGCGGAGAAUUGUUGAGGCUGUGCAAGGGGAAGAUAGAGCUGCAUUGAAUAUUGGAAUUGGUUGGAGGGGUUUGGUAGAGGAAAUGGAGAGAUUCAAGGACAAUAUGGAGUUCACAAAGCUCAAAACAAAUCAGGAAGGAGUGGAUCCUGAUGAUGUGUAUUCUCAAGUUCCAUAUGAGAAAGGCUUCCAGUUUUUAUGGCGGAUUGAACGACAGAUUGGAAGGCCUGCAUUUGAUGAUUUCCUGAAGAAAUAUAUUGCCACCUUCAAGUUCCAAUCCAUUGACACUGAUAUGUUUCUCAAUUUUCUUAAAGCCAAUGUCCCUGGAAUAGAGAAUGAGAUUGAUUUGAAAUUAUGGACUGAGGGUACUGGUAUCCCUCCAGAUGCCAUGGAGCCAGUUUCCAACAUUUAUACAAAGAUUGUAUCACUGGCAAAUGAGUUCAAGCAAGGUAGGAUGCCAAGGGAGGAUGAAGUUGCUGAUUGGCAUGGACAGGAAUGGGAGCUUUACUUGGAGAACUUGCCCAAGUCCGUUGAGGCUUCACAGCUCACAGCCUUGGAUGCACACUAUAGGCUAGCAGAAUCAAAAGAUUACGAGGUCAAGGUGGGAUUUCUCCAACUGGCGAUUUCAUCCAAGUGCAGAGAUUACUACAGUGAGGUGGAGAGAACUCUAAAGGAAGUUGGGAGGAUGAAGUAUCUUCGUCCACUAUAUUCUGCACUCGUGCAAGGCGUUGGAAAGGAAGAAGAGAAGGUCUUUGCAAAAAGGGUGUUCUCUGAGGCUCGAGACUGUUACCACCCCAUAGCUCAAGGCGUUGUCGAGUCAAUCUUCUCCAAGCAUCUGUAAAAUGUCAUAAAAUAAACUGAACUGAUUGACUCCUGAAUUGUUGAUGAAUCCAUGACCAUGCAGAAUGUACCUGAAUGAUGCUGAACUACUGGCCUUUGGUGAAUAUCCUGCUGGGUGCUGUGUUAACAUCGGUUCAUUUUAAUUUCUGGUAAUGGAAAUCUUUUUGCUAAAAAUUGAUAUUUUUCUAAUGUUUUAUGUUCACUAAUUGAAAAAAUGCUUCCUCGUUCUUUGCAA